AAUUGAUACUUUAUGAUUAUGAAAAUAUGAAAUAUGAAUGAGGUAUCUGAGCCUAUAGGCCCAUUGUAAUUUGAUAGUACUAAAGAAAUCAAGAAAAAGGAAGCGGAACAAGUAAUAACCCUUUUUAUCCACUGCGAUCUCCAUCUUCCUCGUUAGCUUCGAUUGAUUGAGGGUUUCUAUUCAUCCGAUGGAGCAAUCGCUUUCUCCUUCAGGUUCAGUUGAUUCGAAGGAUAUGCAUGGGCUUCUUGAAUCCAAUGCUUUAGAUUCUCCCAGUCCCAGUGUUAUCGAUAAAGAAGAAAACAUGGUGGAAUCAUCGGCGGCUGAGAAAGUUGAUACGGUUCCUAGAUAUAUCCAGUUAGCUAAGGAGCUUCAGAGAUCUAUUCCAGUCGCAUGGAAUCAACACGGUAGCAUCACUGAGUUUGACGAAGAACUGUACAACAACAGAAAGGCUCUUGUUUUGGAGAACCCUCAAAUUCAGAAAUUAAUGGAGUGUCAGGAUCCGCAGAGCUCUCUAAAGGCUCUCGGGAACCCUGAAGCAUCAGACAAAUUUGCUGAGCUUAUGGUGCAGCUGGAAAAAGAUGCAGAGUUGGAAUCUAUAGUAGCUGAGAUCAAAGCUUCUCCUCCUGCUGCUAUGCUCAAGUACUGGAAUGACAAAAUUGUGUUGAAAAAGCUAGGUAAAUCAAUGAGUAGUAUUGUUCACGACACUUCUACUCUCGGUGAUGUGGAGGAUCUGAAAACUCUGGCAUCUGGAUCUGGUGAUGAUAACGAUGAACAAGUCUCCGAGGGAAGGAAAGCACUGAAGAUUGCAUGUGAGCAUACCAAGAUGAAAUGUAUUAAGAUUCUUCUGGAGGCUGAGGAAAAGGCCAAUGCGGUUGAUAAGGGGAGAAAAAAGAAAAUUCCACUGCAUUGAGGGAGAGAAGAUCGAGUAAAGCUUUGGCAUGCAGUAAUUGACAGUAAAACUCCCAUUGAUGUGGCUUGAGAAGGACGCUUACCUCCGAGACCUUUGGAUGGAUCAAUAUAGUACUAUAACUAGAUUUUUUUUUUAAAUAAAAAUUUGACAUUUGUUUGAGACCUUGGAGAGAUUGAUUGUGUAUUUGACUUGGUAACCUGAUCCCUCCUGACUUUUCAGAAUUUUUUUUUGUUUUUUUUUUUGCUUCUUCCUAUGUUGUUUUCUAGUUUCAUCCUUACGCGCCACAUAACCAUUCACUUGUUUGGUAACAUUUGAGA